GAUCUGACUUCUCUGAACUCAGCAGAGGAAAUUCAAUAAGGUCUGAUCGAUUCUUGUAGCUGGAAACCAUGGCCCAUGGGUCAGUGACGUUCAAGGACGUAGCCAUAGACUUCUCACAGGAAGAGUGGGAAUUCCUGGACUCAGCUCAGAGGGACUUAUAUAGGGAUGUGAUGUGGGAGAAUUACAGCCACUUCAUCUCUCUCGCAGGCCCUUCCAUUUCUAAACCGGAUCUGAUUACUUUAUUGGAUGAAGGGAAGGAUCCCUGGAUGGUUGUGAGGGAAAGGACAAGAAAAUACUAUCCUGAUCUGGAGUCCAGAAAUAGGACCAAUACUUUCUCCCCAGAAAAAGACAUUUAUGAAAUAUAUUCAUUUCAAUGGGAAAUACUGGAAAGGAUUAAAAGCUAUAGCCUUCAAGAUUCCAUUUUUAGAAGUGACUGGAAAUGUAAAAGCAAGAUUGAGGGACAAAAGGAACCACAAGAGGGAUAUUUUGAGCAAAUGAAAAUUACCCCGGAAAAACUGACCCCCUACAAAAAGCAUAAUUUUCUUGCUGAAUAUCAGAUCGUUCAUAAUGGCGAAAAAAUCUAUGAAUGUAAGGAAUGUAGGAAGACCUUUAUUCGUCGCUCAACACUUAGCCAACACCUGAGAAUUCACACAGGUGAGAAACCUUAUAAAUGCAAGGAGUGUGGGCAGGCCUUUAGACAGAGGGCACAUCUUAUUCGUCAUCACAAACUCCAUACUGGUGAGAAACCCUACGAAUGUAAGGAAUGUGGGAAGGCCUUUACAGUGCUUCAAGAACUUACUCAACAUCAGAGACUCCAUACAGGUGAAAAACCCUAUGAAUGUAAGGAAUGUGGGAAGGCCUUCAGAGUCCAUCAGCAACUUGCUCGACAUCAGAGAAUUCACACUGGUGAGAAACCCUACGAAUGUAAGGCGUGUGGGAAAACCUUCAGGCAGUGCACACACCUUACUCGCCAUCAAAGGCUUCACACUGCCGAGAAACUCUACGAAUGCAAGGAAUGUGGAAAAGCCUUUGUAUGUGGUCCAGACCUCAGAGUCCAUCAGAAAAUUCAUUUUGGCGAGAAGCCCUACGAAUGCAAAGAAUGUGGGAAGGCCUUUAGGAUAUGCCAACAGCUUACCGUUCAUCAGAGUAUUCAUACUGGUGAGAAACCCUAUGGGUGUAAGGAAUGUGGGAAGACUUUUAGAUUAAGGCAACAGCUCGUGCGCCAUCAGAGAAUUCAUACCCGUGAGAAACCCUACGAAUGUCUGGAAUGUUGGAAGACCUUUAGUAGCUACUCACAACUUAUCUCCCAUCAGAGCAUUCAUAUUGGUGAGAGACCUUUUGAAUGUGAAGAAUGUGGGAAAGCCUUUCGGCUUCUCUCACAACUUGCUCAACAUCAAAGUAUUCAUACUGGGGAGAAGCCUUAUGAAUGUAAGGAAUGCAGAAAACCCUUUCGCCUGCUCUCACAGCUUACUCAACAUCAAAGUAUUCAUACAGGGGAGAAACCUUACGCGUGUAAGGAAUGUGGUAAGGCUUUUCGACUUUAUUCGUUCCUCACUCAACACCAGAGAAUUCAUACUGGUGAAAAACCCUACAAAUGUAAAGAAUGUAAGAAGGCUUUCAGACAGCAUUCACAUCUUACUCAACAUCAGAAAAUUCAUAACGGAAGUUAAAAUAAGAAAACCUUCAAUUAUAUAUUACGUUACAGAACACCUGAAAAUUCAUUUUUGAGAAAAAUCUGUUUUUCACAAGUGAGCAUGAGAAAUUUUAUACUACAGAACAAGGUGGCUUUGAGUACCUUCCAUCACAAUACAAUGUUCAUAUUCCUUAAAUUUCUAUGAGACUAAUAUGAUGAAUUGAAAGUCUUUUAGCCCUGUCUGUUAUUACCUCCAUUUUACCAUUUUAUUAACAAGGUACCUAAACUUCUGCGUCUCAUUUUGAGCUCUUGUAAAAUGGUGAUAUGAAAUAUGUAUGUUAUUGAUUGUUGUGAAAUAAAUUGCUACAAACUUGCAGCUUAAAAUAACACACAUUUUGGGCCAAAGAGAUAGUACAAUGGGUAGAACACUUGCAUGUGAUUGACCGGGUUCAAUAUUGGCAUCUUCUA